AAUAAGUGGUGAUAUAAAACAUUAUUACAGUUCUCUUGCCCUCUUUCGAGAGUUUUUCAUGACUUGAGCUUUUUGAUCAGUGAGGUGGUCGGCUCUGCAAGGAUCGUGUUUGAGAAGGAAGUGCUCGAGAGUUUCCCAGCCUCCUCCGACGCGGACCAUCACACGAUCAGACAGCAGCCGUGCGUAGAUGGUGAUGAGUGAUGAUUUGGGGAUGGAGACUGAGUUACUGGAGACGGUGAAUUUUCCAUUUCCACAGUGGUGGACCUCAAUGGUCCGCUCACAUGUGCACUCAUUCACACACUGCAUCACCUUUUUGUCGACUGUAUCUUUCUCGCCCGAACUUCUCAGUUUGUCGCGUGAUGAAAUUUUCCUCCGGCACGUUGGAGGUGUAGUCGCUGCUCCAGUCUUUCCAGUUACUGAUACAUGUUUUACUCGUUUUGCUGGAGGCCCUUUGCUCUCCUCUAUGGUCUCGCUAUCAACACCCUUCUCUUCCCCCUGGACUCCACUCUCUUCUUCAUUUCCUUCACUUGAACACCCCUUCUCCUCAACUUCAUCUUCCUCCUGCUCUUCUUUUUCCGCUUUUUCUCCUUUUUCCUCCGCCUCCUCUUCUAUCUCCUCUUUUGUAGGUGUCUCUCUCUCCUCACCACCAGCUCUGUCUCCCUCUAGGACUUGAGCCUCUAGCUCCUCAAUUUCUAUCUCCAGAGCAACAAUCUCGGGCGGACUCACGCCAACCUUCUCCGCGAACCGAGCCACGUCCAGCAGACAGAGGAUGACUCUCCGCUCGUCCGAAUGCUCCACGAGCCCCACUGACUCGAAAAUAACGACCUCCUCCACGCCUAACUCCCGACACCAUCGGAUAAACUGAGCGGCGUUGUCCCGAGCUGUCGCCAGGAACAUUGGGGUGCCUCUGGCGGCCUUGAUAGGCUUGCAGGGGAGUUUUUGCGAGGGGACACGCACGGGAGAUUCCUUUCCCUCGUCCUCCCAGCGUAUGGAGGCCUCCUGGACUAGACCCGCCAGGUUACAGACCUGCACGCCGGAGUCAAGCGCGUCCAGGAAAGUCGCAGGCACAACUUCCAGACUCAGAACGUCUCGUCUCGCCAACCACCGACACAGGUCUCCCUUUAUGGCCUCCAGCGCCUCUUGCUCCUCUGCCGCGAGGCGGGCUCGCACCAGCUCUGCCCUUCCUCCCUCACCACCAGCAGCAGCAGCUGCCAUUGUUGUUUACCUCAGAGAUACGAGACACGCCUAUGAAACUUUGCGCAUGCGCACUUUUGGCCGGUGUUGUUUACUCGGCUGCAUGCAAGAGGCCAGAAGCCAGAUGUCUGCAACCCACAGCCCCAACCCGCCAGCUACUACUAAGUUCACGUGGGAAGACUUGAGCAAGCUGAACCGUCCGCACAACGCGCACGUCGCCGUUCGGGGCAAGGUGUAUGACGUAAGUAGUUUCAUAGAGAAGCAUCCUGGAGGUGUAGACCAGCUGUUGCUGGGAGCUGGGAGAGAUGUCACCAUUCUCUUCGAGUCCUACCACAACUUCAACGUCAGCAAGGUGCUUGAGAAGUAUUACGUUGGAGAGUUGAUCAGCAACGAACUCCCGGUCUACCGUGAACCCAAUGAGUUCAGCAGAACAGUGAGGGAUCGAGUCCACAGGUACUUCAAGGAACAUAACAUUGACCCGAAGAUGUGUUAUGGGAUGUUUCUGAGGUGCCUGGUCCUCUUACUGAUGACCAAUACCCUCUGGGCCCUGACGAUUUGCUGCUACCAGAUGUGGGUGUGGCUGAGUGUGUUCUGUGCCUGUGGCUGGGGUGUCUGCAGCUCUCUACUGAUCAUGUCCGCAUCACAUGACACCAGUCAUUUUGCCGUCACCCACAAGCCGUGGGUGUGGAAGCUCCUGGGAGCCAUCAAUGACUGUACCACAGGGAUGUCUAUGUACGUUUGGACCCACCAACACGUGGUAGGACAUCACGUCCAUACUAACGUGGACCAAGUUGAUCCCGACGUCUUUACCACUCAUGAGCCUCCAGAUGUUCGCAGGAUUCACAAGUCACAGAAACUGCUCUCUCGCUACUAUUACCAGCACAUCUACCUCGUAUUCCUCUACUGCUUUGUUGGUAUGAAGAAGAGGAUUCAAGACUUUAUUGCCGUGUAUCAAUUAAAAAAUUUGUCGAUAAGGAUGAACCCUCUCACUCACUCCCAAAUGACCAUAUUUAUAGUGGGGAAGUUUGUCUACAUCACAUGUCACCUUCUCCUUCCCUCUCUAUACAUGCCCCUGCCAUUAGUGGUGACCUUUGUGCUGCUGGGAGACUUUAUAGCGUGGUACUGGCUGGUGAUCAUCACCCAACUUACCCAUGUUUCUGCUGACGUAAUCUGGCCUGAGCCAGACAAGAACAACUACAUUGACAUGGACUGGGCGGAGUUGCAGGUGGCUACGUCUCAAGACUAUGCAACAGACAGUCAUUUCUGGAACUUUGCCUCAGGAGCCCUCAACAACCAGAUAGCCCACCACUUGUUCCCCGGGGUACUCCAAUGCCACUACCCCGGAGUAACUCGUGUCGUCAGGGAAACAUGUCGAGAAUUCAACAUCGAGUUUCGCCACACUCCUUCGGCCUGGGAAGCCAUGAAGAAACACGUUUACUUCCUCAAAAGACUUGGCCAAGGAACUGAUUAGAUCAAUUGUUCAUGCACUGUGUAAAUUGUUUGAAAGUAUAUAGCAAAUGUUUUGUUAAUAUGAUAAUUUUUACAACCAAUAUCAGUAUUAUCCUACUGACAAGGACUAGCUAUAAUUAUAUAUGUAUUACACACAGACAACAUACAGUACUGUGUCUAAAAUACAUAAGUAUAUAUAAAACAAAGAUUGAUCAAUCAUCCUUUGAUUCCUUUGUCUGUCCGAGAGUUCGAAGGUGGUUGACAUGGCAACUGAGGGCCUCCCAGAUGGUGUCAACGUAGUGGUAGGUGACGCCGAACUCCUUGCACGUCUGGCGGACUAUGGGGGUGAUGAGUGGGUAAUGUGCCUGGAUGACUCCGGGGAAGAGGUGGUGGGUGGUCUGGUGGUUCAGAGCUCCGGUGAAGACGUUCCAGAACCAAUUGUCAGUGGCGUAGUCCUGCGUCGUGCCCACCUGCAUCUCCGCCCUUUGAGGGUGUGUGUGUGUGUGGGAGGAGGGAGGAGGGAGGAUGGG